UGUGUCUCGGGUGUGUUUCAGGUGUGAGGAUGAGCUGGCCGGUGCUGUCGCAGCCUCGGCCGCUGGUUGUUUCCUCUGCUGACGCUGAAUGGGCCUCUGGGAUCUGUGAAUGCUGCGACGACAUGAGAGAGUGCUGCUUUGCGUGCUGGUGCUGUCCCUGUUUCGCCUGUAAAACCAGUAGACGGUACGGUCAGUGUCUCUGUCUCCCGCUGCUGGACGUCCUCAGCUGUGUCCGUCCCAUCACCAUGUCCAUGAGAGUCUCCGUCCGGCAGCUCUACGGCAUCAGAGGCAGUGUGUGCAGAGACUGUGUGUGCUCCACUUUUUGUCCGGCGUGCGUCUGGUGUCAAAUAUCCAGAGAGCUGAAGAAGAGGAAGCUCCCCACCACGCUGGGUGACAUCAUCCACCGCUGAUGACAUCAUCCCCCGCCGAUGACGUCAUCACUGUGACGCCUGUUUUUUGUCAGUGUUGUUUACAUGUUUACUAACCGUCUCUGUACACUUUACACGUAUUAAUUACCUGCUUUGCACAAAGAGUAUUUUUUUAAAUAUUUGUUUUCUUGAAAAUUUAUCAAAAAUGUUUGUUUUUUUUGUACAUUUUGAUUUGUUUAAUUUAACGUGGUUUCUAUGUGUUUUUGUCUCAACAUGCUGGGGCCCCUGGCCCCCACCGAGGGUCGUGAGUUGAGUAUUACUGAUCUAACUACAUUUUUAGCCUUUAAAAAAAAAGUUAAGUAGAAAAACCAUCUGAAGUUUUAAAAAUAAAG